AUGUCCGCAUCACACCGCAUAUCGUCCUACAGCAACCGCAGCAGCUCGCCUGGCCGUCCUCGCAGCCAAGAUGAGAACAAAAACAUCUGGUCAUCCAUGCUGGAUGGCGUUUCCAGCGGCAAACGAUUACCCGAAAAGAGCUUGCUGGUCCUUGGAGGCACACCCGACACCCAGAAAGAGUUUCUGGAAUCACUUACGAUGGACGAGAACGGCCGGAGGAGGCCGCCGGACCGCGGCCGCAGACCGCCCAUCGCGAACCAGUUCGCGCUCGGCUAUACGUACCAAGAUGUCCUGGACGCUGAUCAAGACGACAUCCUCGCUCGCCUGUCCCUUUACCUGCUCACUGAUCCUUCGCCUUCGUUCACCCCGCUCCUCAAGCCGCUGCUCACCCCCCGCACUCUGCCGAACAUGCUGAUAGUCAUCUUGCUGGAUUGGUCACAACCGUGGCUGUGGGUUCGACAACUGCGCGAGUGGAUUCGCGUCCUGCGCUCCCUUGUGACUUCGCUGGAGGACGACUGCAAAUAUGUGUUGGAGGAGAACAUUGUCUCGUGGCAAGAGCGGGGGCGCAAGAACAACCUCGAUGGUACUCCGGGCACCGGGGCUGAUGGAGAUGUGUCGAUACCCGUCGGACCCGGCGAGUGGGACGAGCCGCUCGGUAUACCACUUUGCGUCGUGUGCCAGAAUGCCGACAAGAUCGAAGCACUGGAGAGGGAGCGCGGGUGGAAGGAGGAGGAGUUCGACUUUGUGCUGCAGUACAUGCGUACUAUCCUGCUGAAGCACGGCGCAUCUCUCAUCUACACGAUGCCCGCGGCGCCCGGAUCACUACAGACACUCGUGCACUCGAGUCUCGGCAUAAAGUCAAUGCUCCAGAAGAACUCGCUUAAGCACAACGUCAUCGACCGCGACCGCGUUCUCGUUCCGCCGAACUGGGAUUCCUGGGGAAAGAUCCGUGUUCUGCGCGACGGCUUUGAUGCAGAAGGCGUCAGCCAGGCCUGGUCCGUCGACAUCCAAGCACCCCAACCACGACGACCAUCUCUCAACGGUGAGGCGAACGGUGAGGAAGUAAUCCAGAACGGCGCACCCCAUGAGCCGGAAGAAGAGUCUCCCGCUGUUUCCAUUUACGAAGAGACCAUUCGCGACCCAACCCGGGACUCUCUCCUUGCUCAAGGCCUGCCAGUCAACACUCUCAACGGCGCAAGUGGAAUUGAGAUCGAUAGCCAAGACAACCAAAUGUUCUUGGGUAGUCAGCUCGAGGUUCUUGACAAGUUGCGAGCCGAGGAUGAAAAGAUCAAGAACGCAGCCAACAAGGAGAAGAAGGCCGGCGCUUUCAUUACUCAUGGCACUGGAGAUUCAACGGUUGCCGGUACGAACAACGCAGGAAGUGGUGUUGUGGAAGAGCACAUUGGACCGGUGCAGUUUAACAUGGGCGGUAUUCAGGUUGAUGCCGAUGACAUGUUGAAGCGUUUGAAGGACCGCGAGGCAAGCCGUGAAGAAAACGGCGAUAGUGGUGUUACCAGCCCUGUUGAUGACGGCAAGACCGAGAAUGAACGUCUGGCCAACUUCUUUGCCGGCUUGAUGAAGAAGACGAGCAGUCCACGCUCUUGA